GCUUGGAUGAGUUGUGUUCACGUGCAUGUGUUUUAUUAUUGAACAAAUAGAAUAAAACGAUGAUAGUGCUGAUAGAUCUGGUGUUAAUGCUCAUUGACCUGACAUACUCCAUCAUGUGUGCGGUGCUUCGCACUAUCCUCCGCCCGCGUCUGAAAUCAGUGGAUGGGGAGCUGUGUCUGAUCACGGGCGCGGGCGGAGGGCUCGGCCGGCUCUUCGCGCUGGAGUUCGCCAGAGAGGGGGCUGAACUCGUGCUCUGGGACUGCAACACAGAGUCCAACGAGCACACUGCCAGACAGGUGAGGGAACUGGGCGGCAAAGUGCACACGUACACCGUGGACCUAUCCAAACGCGAGAGCGUCUAUCAAACCGCUGACCGCGUGCGGCAAGAGGUGGGUGACGUCAGCAUGUUGGUUAACAACGCGGGGGUUGUGGCGGGGCGACGGCUGCUGGAGUGCCCCGAUGAACUACUGGAGAGGACUCUGCUGGUGAACUGCCAUGCCCUGUUCUGGAUGACAAAAGCCUUCUUGCCUCAAAUGAAAGUUAGGAAUCAUGGACAUAUUGUUACUGUUGCAAGCACUCUUGGUCUGUUCAGUACUGCUUGUGUAGAGGAUUAUUGUGCAAGUAAAUUUGGAGCAGUAGGCUUCCAUGAAUCUCUUACCCAUAGUUUGUUGACAGAGGAUGGUGAGGGUGGGGUGAAAACCACCCUGAUUUGCCCGUACAUUGUCAACACUGGCAUGUUUGCUGGAUGCCAAAUCAGGGAGGAACUCCAAGGCCUGAUUCCCCCACUGGAUCCUCUUUACUGUGUUCAGCAGUCCAUGAAGGCCAUUCUGUCUGACGAGCAAAUGAUCUGCAUCCCUCGUGUAAUGUACUUCGCCUUUCUCUCGCGAGCGUUGCUCCCCUGGGAUGCUAAUGUUGCAACAUACCGUUUUAUGGGUGGUGACAAGUGCAUGUAUUCCUUCAUUAAGACCAAAGAAGAGCAACAGCAGCAGGUUGCUAAUGGCCACGUGAAAUCCUCUUAGCCAUCCAAUAAUACUUCAUUCCUGUUCCAUGCAGCUAAAGACAUCUACAUUUAAAGGCAAAAAAACAAUGAGUAGAUUCACAGGACGUAAAGAGCAAGUUGCCUACUACCUGUAGAAGUAAAUUGUUUUUAUCAUGGGUACCAAUUUUAAUCCUGAAUAGAGAAAUCUAGAGUUGGUUUAACCUGUA